AUGAUAAUGUUGCCGUUUCACAGGCAGUGGAAAAAAACUAACGGUGAUGAUGAAGUGGCCAAUCUGGGCCAUAGCUGGAGAGAAGUUAAUCAGAGGGUGCUAAAGGAUGCACCUUGCUCGGUGGCAUUGCUUGUGGACCGUGGAUUUGGUGGUGGGUUCCAACAAACUCCAAGGCCCACUGCCAUCGUAGCACAGAGGAAAGAUGGAAUUGAGAUUAACGCUGUUAUGUUACGGUCAUCACCGAAUAAAUGUAGAGGAGAGCUAUAG